GGUUGUUUGCCACCAAGACACAGAAGCAUGCAGGAUGUUCAUUUUUAGAACUAGGGGUUGCAUAUCCAGGCUGCUUUGAUGCCUUGACUGAAAGCACUUAUGAAAAAAAGAGUGUGAUACAGUUUGGGUGAAACAAAACUCCUUCUGUAUUUCUUUGUUUUAUUGACAGCCUACAACGUUUUCCAUCUUUCAGCGGUAUUAUGUUUGCCUCCAAUACAGUAGUCAGCCUCCCCCUUACAGUCCUUGAGCAGAAAGCCACUCCUCCGUUCCUUCCAACCACAGGUUCACGUGUAGCUCUGUCUGAUGCAGCGAGGAAGGCAGCCGAGACAGGAUGAGACUCUGAGGACGACCACCACUCUCAUGACAAGAUGAAAAUGUCGCUCAAAAGUGCAAUUGUGGCGUUGCUCACAGUGGCAGGAGCAACCCUGGUGAUGCCAAGUGUGCACCAUGUAGAUUUGGAUGAUACAGUAAAAAAAAUAAAUGUAUCUUUGGGCUCCUCUAUCAAUUUUCACUGCUGUUUAAAAAUCAAUGCGUCAGUCAGAUGUCGGGUAGAAUAUUUUUUUCAAGGAUUUAACCAAACUGACAGCAACCCAGAAAAAGUUAAUUGUAACGCCACAAAUCCAGCAAAUUGCAACCUGACGACUGGAUGCCAAAGUACAUACAAGUUAUUAAAUAUUAGUAGAAGAAACUAUGGAUUUUACUUUUGCAAAGUCAUACUAGAAAUUCCUUCACUAAUUGAAAUGCUCAGCAACAAAACCGAAGUAGCAUUGCAGAACUUUUUGGAAAAAACAACGGUUCAGUCACAAACGACGAAACCCCAAGUGAUCAACACAGAUGAAGUCCAUGAUGACUGGUGGAUGUGGGUCUUUGUGGGAGUGCCAUGUCUUGUUUUCAUCCUAAUCGUCCUUCUGGUCAUCUGCGUUGUGCAGAGCAGGCCAUGCAACAGAGGCGCAGGAGAGGAGCCCAUCUACGUAAACACUCGUUUGAACAAGCCGUCCCCCCGGCUGAUGCCUGCGGACAACCUGAAGACGGUCCCCUCCUCUCAGGACCUGCAGACCCCCAGUUCUGUCCGGAGGUACGACGAGAGACACCAGAGAUACAAAUAGUGAGAAGGCCGCGGACUUCACAGCCCUACAGACUCUUAUUACUCUGCUGUUUGCGAAAUCGCGAUUUAAUUCUGUUUCAUAUUUGUAUUCAAAGUUAGACCUUCUGUCAGUCAUGUAGUUAGAGAAGUGGCCACUAGAUGGCGCAUUUUGACGCUUUUAUUAAGUUAUUCAUUGUUUUUUCUUAAUAACUCAGCACCUGUUAAUGAUUUUAAGAUGUAAAUACGCUCUGCCUAUUAAGAGAACAGAAUAAUGAAUAAUGAAUUAUAUACAGAUCAAAUUAAAAUAAUUUUUGUACUGUUACUUUUUAUAUUAAAACGAUUAAAAAUUAAA